CUCCCCCAACUUGCAAAACAGAAAAGUUGUGGAGUGCAAGUUGGAUAGGAACGAAGCUUGUGGAACAAAGCGUCAUUCUGUAAUAAGAAUCUUUGAAUCGCUUACUCUCCCUUCUCUUCACCUUCCUCAACCUCUCUUUUCAUCUCCUCAUUUCUCCUUACGUUCAUGUGAGCUGGAGGACAUGUGACAUGUAACCCAUAUUAUGGCUAAUGUUCGGUGGCAGAUCUUGGUGUAACAGAUAGCAGAAGAAUGUGCCCUCAUUAUUCAAAUAAUAUGAACAACUCUGUAAUGUUAUUGAUGAUAUCAAUAUUUGGACUUAAUUAGAUGUUUUCUUUGCAGUACAGUUUAUUUCCAAUUGAAUUUUACUUUUAUACACAAAUCCACUUUUCUUCUGUAGCAUAAUCUUAUUUAGGGUGUUGUGCUAUCCAAGCCCAAAAAGAGCUAGUGAUGAAGCAAUGGCUUGAUAGCUAUUGAUAAGACUCCAGAAAUAAUACUCUUGAAAUCAUACUUGUUGGUUGGUGGUAGCUGUUGCUUUGUCACCGUUCUACACAAGUCAUUGAAUGGUAAAAUUAAAACAUUAAUUUGUAUGCCUUAGUACCUUGCUGCCUGCUUUCCAUGUCUCCAUAUUUUAUUUGCAUUAAGAGAUUGACCUUGUAAGAAUCGUUGUUAACUGGUCAGGCCUAAGUUAAGCUUCAUUAAGGUUCAUUUUGGAUCUUGGAAUGACAGCUUAAAAAUAACGCGUGGGAUGGAUUUGAUGUAAUGGAGCAUCAUAGCUGCAAGAAAUUAGUUGGGGUUGUAUGGUAUUAAAUAGUAGUGACUUUGUGAAUAACCGUGGUACGCAGGAUAAAGAGAAACUGUACUUGAGAAAUCCAACCCACAAAUAAAGGAUGCUGGAAAAGGGUUCAUGGUCUCACACACCUGAGGGUGUGUUUUCUUGUGAUAGUGACUCAUAUGUAGAAUUGAAAAGGUUAACAUCAGAUGAUACUGACAUGUCUGGUCACUGUUUCAAGAGCAGCAAUAUGGAUUGUGGUGGUGAUGAGCUUUGUACUGAUGACACUCUCCUGAGAGACAAGUCUGUUGUUGAAGAUGGUACUGUUAGUCAAUAUCCAAUUAAUCAGAUGUCUCAAGAUGAUAACGAAUUCAGUUUUCUUGAUAGUGAUGGGUGGCUGGAUAUAGAGAACUUUGAAGAUGUUGACAGAAUGUUGAAUUAUGAUUUAACUUUUGGAAUGGGAAGUCUCAAUAAUGAAGAGGAGUUCUGCUGGCUAUCGUCUUCUCGUGACGCUGAAGGUUCUGAUGAUGCUUUGAAGUCUGACUUCAAAUUUUCAUGUGCAGAAAUAAGUCCAUUGGAAAGUAUGUCUGACUAUGAUAUGGGUUCCAAGGAAGAUAUUAAAGGUCUUCCAAUCAAUGAUUCCAACAAAACAUUAUCUUCUGCUGAUAGAAAAGUUAGGUCUCAAAUGGAUGUUGAUGAUAAUGGCAUCCCUCCUACGAGUUUCAAUGAAUCAGGAAAGAAAUCCAGCAAUACAGCUGACUUGGUGCCAAAAGAAAAGAGGAAGAUGGCAAAGUCGUUAGCAGGAAGACAAAAAAAUAGUUACCUAGAAAAUGAUGAUUCCAUACAUCAAUAUACUCCUCUGGAGCAGUAUGAAGAUAUACAUCAACACUUUGGAGCCUCUUCCAGUGGGAUCACUUCUGUUGAUAGCAUCCAGAAACAAAAGUUGAGCUCAGAUUCUGAUCCUUUAGGUUGCAUGCAGACACAAAUUCCAUUAAUGCACCUAGACUUGAGUCAAACUCCAAAUCACACUUCCCUCUUUCCGACUUUGUCUAAAUCAAGAUCCAAGCAAAGUGAGCAUCCAUCAGCUUCUCUUAAAGAAUCAUCUUGUGCCUCAAACAUGGAGAGUUCUCAUGGUCAUUCUUUAGAAGCCGCUACCUUGAAAUCAGAUGAAAAGGGAGAAAAGUUGUAUCCCUGCCAUGAUAAACACACGUUAUCUAGGAGUGUCAAAAGUGACAGUGUGUCAAGAGAAAUGCCAUUUUGUGGUCCAGGUUCAGCUCAGAAGGUAGAUAAUCAGUUUGAAAAUGAAAAUGAAGGCCACAGUGAAGUUCAUGGAGUACGCAUAGGGUUUUCUCCAGAAAUAGACUCAUCAACUGUGCAGGAAAGCUCAUCCAUGAGCUCUGCACUGAACGGCAACUCACUUGAAGCAAACAGCUUUUGCCAGCUGCAACAGGUCAUGGAUCAGUUGGAUAUUAGAACCAAAUUGUGCCUAAGGGAUAGUCUAUACCGUUUGGCUAAGAGUGCCGAGCAAAGACAUAAUGACUCAAUUGCAAAUGGUUGCACCGGAGAUGAUCAAGCAUGCAAAUCAAUGGUGCCACAUAAUGGUAGCAG